AUGUCCAGCGAUUCGCUAAAUAAGAGUACAGCUGGACGUGUGGUCGACUAUGGUAAUGGUACUUAUUCGGUCUAUUUCUUUGCUGCUUGGGCCGGUGACGCAUAUGUUCAUAUCGGUCUGAGAUUCAACAGGGAAGGUGUGCUAUUUCUGGAAAACGUAAUUAAAAACAAAGAGAAACUCAUAACAUACACAGCUAAUUACACAAACGGCAGUGUGAUUGAUAUCAGACCAUGUGCAUUGGUUAACGAAGAUGCACAGACAUUACCACCAGUCCUGCAGUCAUGUGCUGCAGAUUUACCUGUACCGUUGAGCGAUGGAUAUUGGAAAGACAGAUCUGUAUUUGUGUCUUUCGUAUGUAAAAGUCAACAGUGGACAAAACAACAAAUAUCAACGUGUCUAGCUGAUAAAAAACUCAUCCUUUGUGGCGAUUCUACACUAAUGCAAAUAGAACAUUCACUAACACCAAUUCGUGGAAUAGACAUUGUCUCUCACUUCGUGUACCCAAGAGUUGGAAAUGUUGUCGUUCGAUUUAAAAACGGUGUUUUAGAGAGUGAUUUAUUGGAUAGGAUUGUUCAACCAAAUUGUUCUUCAUCAAACUUUGUAAUCGUUUUAAAUUUUGCAUUUCAUUAUGGUGCUUUCACUAACAGGGCGUACUUAGAAAGAAUAUAUCAUGCUAGAUUGGCUGUUCAGCGUCUAAUGUUAAGGUGUCCCACUUCAAAAAUUGUAAUCAAGCUAUUGCAUCCACGUGAUAACAUAUUUAUAGAACAAAGUAUACACAGUGCCAACUGGGUUUUCUAUGACAUGAACAGAAUAAUACGUCGGGUGUUUGGGGGUAUUGGUGUGCAUUUUCUAGAUAUAUGGGAUAUGGUUUUAUCGUCGUUUGAGAACAAAACUGUUCACAUGCCUCCAACCGUCAUAGUUCAAGAGGUACAUCUCAUGCUAUCCUACAUUUGCCCUGAGAUGGUGACAUAG